GCGGGAGGCAAGGGGGGAGAGGCGGGCGUGGCUCAGGGUAUAUAAGAGGCCCCGCUGGCCGCUUCAUGGCAGGGUACAAAGGAGACCGGUGCCAUGAAGACUUGGGUGGUAAUAGUCCUGCUGGCAACAGCUUUAGGGUCGCCCGUCCCCGAUGACGAUGACGACUGUGAAGGGUACACAGUGAAGUAUUCCACCUCUGACAGUGAUGGCAGUUCAUCAUCUUCAUCUUCCAGUUCAUCUUCUUCAUCUUCCUCUGCCGACAGUGGGGCAGGCGCAUCUUCCAUCGACGUCUCUAAGCCUUCUCUAACUGUUGUUUCUUAUACUGUUCCAAAAGUGGAGGCUGCCAGUCCAUCUGUUUCAGCUCCUGCUCCAAAGGUGGUGGUGGAUCAUGGUCCAUCUGUUCAGGAAGCCACUGCUGAAUUCAUGGCUAAAUGGAGGGCUGCUGCUGCUGCUGCAGAAGCUGCGCCUGAUGUCAACAUUAUCAUGGGAGCAAGUCGACUCAGACAACCAGCUGCCGCACGAACACCUGCUGCUGCUGCUGCUGCUUACUCUGCAGCCUACUCUGCUGGACCACUCAGACCCGUGGGUCCUACCCUGGAGGUGCAGAGGGCUACUGCUGAGUUCAUGGCAGCAUGGAACAAGGCAGCAGCAAGGGCUGCCAAGAUUGAAGCUACCCUGGUGAGGGCCACUCCAACUGGUGCCUUCACCGUACAAAUGCCCCAGCAGGUUCAGGUAACAGAAGAAGUAAGAAAAGCCACAGAAGAGUUCAUGGCUGCCUACAACAAAGCUGCUCAGCGAGCAGUCACUGUAGAAACUGCAGCACUUGCCCUUCCAAGACCAGUCCAACCAACAGCUGCAGUGCAGCGUGCUACAGCUUCCUUCAUGGCUUCCUUUGAGGCUGCUGCCAGGCAGGCAUCCGUCAUCAGGCAAGCCGUAACAUACACAGCAGGAGCUCCUUCACCAGUGCAGCCUACUGAUGAGGUCAGAAGGGCAACAGAACGAUUCAUGGCAGCUUGGAAUCAGGCCGCAGCAAGAGUUCGCACCAUUCAGCCAACUAUCUAUCAGGUGGCAGGAGCCGCUCCUGGUGAAGAACCCAGGAUUGUGGAUGGAGUUCCUCAGUUCACAGUAGCACAGGAAAGAGCCACCGCUGAGUUUAUGAAGAUCUGGAGGGCUGCUGCUGCUGCUGCAGAAGCUGCUCCUGACGUCAACAUCAUUAUGGGAGCUAGUCAAUUUGGACUGCCAGCUGCUCCUGCACCAGCUGCUCCUCGUGCUCCUGUUGCUGCACCCUAUUCUGCUGCACCACUUAAGCCAGUAGGUCCUACCCCAGAGGUACAGAGGGCUACAGCAGAGUUCAUGGCAGCAUGGAACAAGGCAGCAGCAAGAGCUGCGAAGAUUCAAGCUACCCUGGUGAGGGCCACCCCAACUGGUGCCUUCACAGUACAACUACCCCAGCAGGUCCAGGUAACAGAAGAAGUAAGAAAAGCCACAGAAGAGUUCAUGGCAGCCUACAACAAAGCUGCUCAGCGAGCAGUCACUGUAGAAACUGCAGCACUUGCUCUCCCAAGACCAGUCCAACCAACAGCUGCAGUGCAGCGUGCUACAGCUUCCUUCAUGGCUUCCUUUGAGGCUGCUGCCAGGCAGGCAUCCGUCAUCAGGCAAGCCGUAACAUACACAGCAGGAGCUCCUUCACCAGUGCAGCCUACUGAUGAGGUCAGAAGGGCAACAGAACGAUUCAUGGCAGCUUGGAAUGAGGCUGCAGCAAGAGUUCGCACCAUUCAGCCAACCAUCUACCAGGUGGCAGGAGCCGCUCCUGGUGAAGAACCCAGGAUUGUAGAUGGAGUUCCUCAGUUCACAGUAGCACAGGAAAGAGCCACCGCUGAGUUUAUGAAGAUCUGGAGGGCUGCUGCUGCUGCUGCAGAAGCUGCUCCAGAUGUCAACAUCAUCAUGGGAGCUAGUCAACUCAGACAGCCAGCUGCUCCACGAGCUCAUGCACCUGUAGCCUAUUCUGCACCAGCACCAGCUGCUCCUCGUCCUCCUGUUGCUGUGACCUAUUCUGCUGCGCCACCCAAGCCUGUAGGACCUACCCCAGAGGUGCAGAGAGCUACUGCUGAGUUCAUGGCUGCAUGGAACAAGGCAGCAGCAAGGGCCUCAAGAAUUGAAGCCACCCUAGUAAGAACCACCCCGACUGGUGCCUUCACCAUACAAAUGCCUCAGCAGGUCCAGGUAACAGAAGAAGUAAGAAAAGCCACAGAAGAGUUCAUGGCAGCCUACAACAAGGCUGCUCAGCGAGCAGUCACUGUAGAAACUGCUGCACUUGCUCUCCCAAGACCAGUGCAGCCAACAGCUGCAGUCCAGCGUGCUACGGCGGCUUUCAUGGCUUCCUUUGAGGCUGCUGCCAGGCAGGCAUCUGCCAUCAGGCAGGCCGUGACAUACACAGCAGGAGCUCCUUCACCAGUGCAGCCUACUGAUGAGGUCAGAAGGGCAACAGAACAAUUCAUGGCAGCUUGGAAUGAGGCUGCAGCAAGAGUUCGCACCAUUCAGCCAACCAUCUACCAGGUGGCAGGAGCCGCUCCUGGUGAAGCACCCAGGAUUGUGGACGGAGUACCUCAGUUCACAGUAGCACAGGAAAGAGCCUCUGCUGAGUUUAUGAAGAUCUGGAGGGCUGCUGCUGCCGCUGCAGAAGCUGCUCCUGAUGUCAACAUCAUUAUGGGAGCUAGUCAACUCAGACAGCCAGCUGCUCCACGAGCUCCUGCACCUGUAGCCUAUCCUGCACCAGCACCAGCUGCUCGUCAUCCUGCUGUCGCUGUGACCUAUUCUGCUGCGCCACCCCAGCCUGUGGGACCUACCCCAGAGGUGCAGAGAGCUACUGCUGAAUUCAUGGCAGCAUGGAACAAGGCAGCAGCAAGGGCUGCCAAGAUUGAAGCUACCCUGGUGAGGGCCACCCCAACUGGUGCCUUCACAGUACAAAUGCCCCAGCAGGUCCAGGUAACAGAAGAAGUAAGAAGAGCAACAGAAGAGUUCAUGGCUGCCUACAAUAAGGCUGCUCAGCGAGCAGUCACUGUAGAAACCGCAGCACUUGCUCUCCCAAGACCAGUCCAACCAACAGCUGCAGUGCAGCGUGCUACAGCUUCCUUCAUGGCUUCCUUUGAGGCUGCUGCCAGACAGGCAUCUGUCAUCAGGCAAGCCGUAACAUACACAGCAGGAGCUCCUUCACCAGUGCAGCCUACUGAUGAGGUCAGAAGGGCAACAGAACGAUUCAUGGCAGCUUGGAAUGAGGCUGCAGCAAGAGUUCGCACCAUUCAGCCAACCAUCUACCAGGUGGCAGGAGCCGCUCCUGGUGAAGCACCCAGAGUAGUCGAUGGAGUUCCUCAGUUCACAGUAGCACAGGAAAGAGCCUCCGCUGAAUUUAUGAAGAUCUGGAGGGCUGCUGCUGCUGCUGCACAGGCUGCUCCUGAUGUCAACAUCAUUAUGGGAGCUAGUCAACUGAGGCAGCCAGCUGCCCCAGUACCAGUUGCUCCACAUGCUCCUGCUGCUGUGGCGUAUUCUGGUACAGCACCUGUAUAUGUGAGCGACUGCCCAUAAAGUGUAUCCGCUGAAACAGAACGACAGAUCACAGGUUUUGGAUGGAAGAUAUAUGUUUCUAAAUAUCUAGAGUAUAUGUUUAUGUAAGUGUAAAUAAAGGGAAGCAAAUCCA